AUGGCGUUAUGUAACAAAAUUAGGCAAUGUAGAUACGGUGUCGGCAAAAAGCAACGAUUUUUUAGUAUUAUAAUUUCAUACAAACGAAUGCACCCCGCCUGCAUUCUACAAUGUGCUUUUAGAAUUCAAAGAAAAAUACGUGAGUACCUCCAAGUAAUAAAAAUAUAUUGCAAUGUGGACGCUGACGCAACGGCAACUAUAAAUGUCGUUCCCACGAGUGAACCGGAUACAUCCACAUUCCAAUGAUGUCAUACGUUAAUGCACGUGUGGCGAAAUGAGUGAACCGCGGGAAAUACGCUGACAGUAACUAUAAAUAUUAUAUGUCGUUCCCACGAGUGAACCGGAUACAUCCACAUUCCAAUGAUGUCAUACGUUAAUGCACCAACUAUAAAUAUUAUAUGUCGUUCCCACGAGUGAACCGGAUACAUCCACAUUCCAAUGGUUUGCAAAUUACUAGUUAAAGGAUGUACAAAUUCUAUAAAUAUUAUGCACAUGUCGUUCCCACGAAUUAAGUGCAAAUGUUUUUUAAUCGUUUGCAAAUUACUAGUUAAAAGAUGCAAUUAAAACGUGAAUGUGUUCACGAGGCAUUUCCGGAGUAGCUACUAUUUAAACUGAAAUCGGGGGAUAGCCAUUUUAUAGAGUUUCUGUCAGUCACAAACUACACCAAGUAAUCGUUUUGUGAGUGUGAUCAAUACAACUAAAAAAAUGGAUCUAAACAAACUAAACAAAGUUUCUGUUGUUAAGAAAGAAGACAAACCGAUUACAAAACUACAGCAACUGGAAGUUGACAAACCAUAUAAAAUAAUAAACAGUAAAAUCGUCAACACUGCAUUUGGUCAAUCGGUGCUUCUAGAAUUAGAGGAAAGUGUGGUGUUCCUACCGAAGCGGGUUACCGAGGACUACGCCCCCUAUAUAGAUCAGUUGAGGACAGAAAAGUACGCUGUCGUAUUCAGAGGCCUGGUGAGCACGUCGAGCAAGCUAAAUCCUGCAGCGUCAUUCGAAAUAAUUGAAAUUUAAAAAAACUGUAAGUAGAUUUUUCAUAUCCAAAAUUUUGAAAAAUGAAUUCUGAGGAAAUCGCUAUUCUUAGUAGUGAGAUAAUUAAAAAAUUUGAUAAAACUGAAAAAUU